AUGGUGGGCGUUGAUCUUAACAGAUCACAUUCGGAGUACUCGUCUACUUUUGAAGAGGGACUUUCAAGUGUUUCUUCGACCUCUGUGUCGGAUUCUCCUCAAAGUGAUGAGCACUGCCCUCAGAAGAUGGAAAAUCAGGUAAAUAAUGAUUCGAAUCGCGUCGAUUCAACAUCUGUUUGCCCCGACGAGACAAACGUGACUGAUAAAUUGAAUGGGAAGUUUGAGAGUUUGGAAAAUACAAAAUAUCAAUCAAACGGAGACAGUGGGAGCACAGUAACGCUAAGUAAAAGAAAAAAAGAGCCAAGUGAACAGAAGAAAGUCACAAAAAAGGCAAAAAGGAGAAAUAAGGCAUUGGCAGAUCUUCUGGAGGCAUCAGAAUGGUAUAUGUCAAUGUCACGAGGGAAAGAACGGAAAUCGAGCGAGGCAAUAGAGAAGAUCAAAGAAAACAUGAUUCAAAGUGGAGUUUAUAGAUUUAAGAAGACAAAGGUACUAACGCCGGAAGAAAAAAGGCGCAGAAAGGAGAAACUAGAGGAAAGCAUGAUGAGAAAAAAGGAGCUCAAAAGACAGCAAGCCAUUGAGAGAGCAAAGAGACGUGCAUUAAAUGCGGGAAGAAAUAAUGAAAAGAAACCGCCAAAGAAGGAAGACUACUAUCAUGGAAACGAGGUGGAGCAAUUAUUGCAUGCUACUGCAUACUUUACGCAUGUGGGAAACGACAACUUCGAUGCAACUAAAAGAAGAGAAGUGAAACCGGUUAAGAGAUGGUAUCCGGUACUUGAUGAAGUGAGACAGAAGCGUUCCACAAGGAGGUUGAAAACUUUGAAGAGGAAGAAAACGCUAAAGGAAAAGAAACUGAUUCACAAAGCGGCAAAGAAACCAAAAGGCACGACUAAAUCCGAACACAAAGAAAAGAUACAGACGUCUGUGAAGAAGGAAGAAGAGGAGAAGGAGGCACAGAAUAUCAAGCAGGAGGAGAAGAAGGAAGAAGCAGUUUGGUUCUCGGAUUUGACAAACGAGACAUUCUUGGAAAUUGGUAACAGGAAGAUGUUUGUGGAUUCGAUUUAUAGAUUUGAGCCAGACUCUGACAUUCCGACUGGCCUACUACAGGCAAAGGAUUUGGUGGAAAAUGACAAGGCAUCGUACAAUAUGGACGAUCCAAAUUUUCCACCGACGGAACUCGAACUUCAGUAUCCGUUCUCUGAUUAUACUGAGCACUAUCUGUUGGCUGAGAGCAAGAAGGAUACCGCAUUCAACGUGUUUGACGAACUUGGACGCCAUAUGGAGUUGCUAGCAUUCACGUUCAUGCCACCGGAUGUGAGAGAGAAGGUUGUUAAUAUGAAACAGCCCAAGGAUUGUGUUAUUGGCAGGUAUAUAACGAGCUUUGACAAUGAGGAUAUUCAUGGAAUCUUGGAUUCGGUUAAUGAAUUCAAUGCGUUGAUGAAAGAUCUGCGAGAAAGAGGUGUCACGAUGAGAUAUACUGCUGGCAGAAGCAAUUUUCCGAUUGUCACCAUCUACGAAUUGUUAGAUAUGUGCUAUGCAAGAGCUGUGAUGCCGGAUUCUAGAAAACUCCGCUCUUACAAGGCUUUUUCCAACUACGUGUAUGGAGAAUUGAUGCCUCAACUUCUCAGCAAGGUUUAUAAGCAGUGUGGAUUAUCCAAGGACAGCUGCUUUAUGGAUUUAGGAUCCGGUGUGGCCAACUGUGUCAUUCAGGCGGCAGUUGAGUUUGGCUGCGAGAGUUACGGAGUUGAAAUUGCGAAAAACGCAUCUGAUUUGGGUGAUAAACAGGCUGCAGAGUUUUGCAAGAGAUGCAAGUCUUUCGAGGAUAAUAUGGAUGUGAAGAAGGUUGUUGAUAGAUGUGAUGUUAUCCUAGUGAACAACUAUCUUUUCGAUGCAAAGCUGAACAGCAAAGUUGUGGAGCUUUUUUCGGAUCUCAAGGUCGGCACAAAGAUCAUCAGUUUAAAGCCGAUUGUCCCGGCUGGGUUUACCGUGACUUGGAAUAACGCCUCUUCUAUUUUGAGCAGGCUUAAAACCUCCCGAUACAUCUACGAUGUGAAUUCUGUUUCAUGGACGUCUACUGGCGGCUUUUACUACAUCUCAGAAGUGAUGUCUGACAUUGUGGAUGAUAACUUUGUGCUGUUCCAGAGUAGAUCCAGGAGACACCACCAGUUUGGAGAUGAAGAGAGAAGUCGAAGUUCCACACCCUUAAACAUCUUCACCAACAAUGUUUAG